UGAAGAGAAAAAGCAUGGAGUCAGUGGAUUUAGAUAUGGGCGAGAUCUUUGAGGAGGAGGAAGAAGAAUUCCUGUCUGUGGGACCCCUGCCAGAUCUCCCAGAAGAUGAGGAAGGGGCAGAGGGAACACAGAAUGGGGAGGAAAAUGAUGAAAACAGUGCAGAAGUGUUGUCCAGAUUGAAGGAUUUAUCAAAGGGAGCAGCCAAGAAGGUUGUCCGUAGACCACAACCAAAGUUAGAUGCUACCAGGUUGACUGGUGAAAGAGGAAUACCUGUUUUACCUAAGGUUUUCCAAGAUGUGAAGUUUAAAGGACAAGGGCAUGAGGCCAGAGACCUCCAGAUUAUUAUGAGGUACUUGGAGCAUUGGGCCCAUAGAUUGUUUCCUAAAAUGCCUUUUGAUGAAGUACUAGAGAGAAUUGAGAAAUUGGGAACAAAGAAUGAAGUCAAGACCUGUAUAAAAAGAAUGCGUCUUGAUAUGCCCAUCCUGAAUGAUGACUUUGUCAGAGAUGACGAUGAAAGAGAAGAGGAGGCGGGCCAGGCAUCUCAGGACAUUGACCUUGAUGCAGAGGAAGCAUGGGAGGAGAUGAUAUCCGAGGAGAAGAAGAAGCAUGCCUCACAACAGAAUGGGUCAAGUCCUCCAUCCUCCUCCUCGAGGGAGACUCCACGGUCUGGAAUGUUAGAGGCACAGCUCUCACAACCCCUUUCUUCCACCUCUUCCACUCCUGGCACUUUCAAAGCCAUGAACAGCAAUGUUGGAGUGUCACAGGGUCUUACCCCAGAGCAAAGGGAAAGGCUGGAGAGGAGUCGUCAGCUAGCCAUGGAGAGGAGAGCUAAUAAACAUGGCGGACAAUCAGUCUUCAAGACUCCAGCCAUUCCAAAGUCUCCAGCACGUCGUCUAGUCUCCCAAACAGUGUCUAGUCCUUCACAAGCAUCCUCCCACAUCAUUCAGUCACCCCCUAAAAUGUGUAGUCAUGGCAACAUUCCCAUCAACAAUACCGGUAACCAACCCACCUUCCAUAGCUUAGUGACUGCCAACAGUUCUCAGGACAUCUGCACUCCUGUCAUUACUCCAGGAAGUAAUAUCACAAAUGGUAGUCUUCAAAACCAUCCAAGCAGGGAAUCUGAAACAACUCAGGAUGGUGAGUUGAGUGAAGUGAUUCCAUUUGUUAAUGUAAACAAAAUAUCAGACAAUCAGUCAAAGGGUUCAGAGAUGAGCCAGAUCAUUCCGCUUUUGACAAGUCCAGCAAAGAAGCCGGGAGACCUGAAUAUAUCAUCCAGUGAUCAAAUGUCGGAGGAUGAACUUCUUCUUCAUCUCUCAGAAAGUGAAUGAUUUAAUUUUUGUAAUUUCAAAUUUUGUUUUAAACCGUUAAUAUGAAAGUGUACAACAUACUAUC